GUACAGAGAAGAAUCCACCGAAGAAGAAGACGAACACGGAAGCGUCUCAGUGUUUCUAAUCUGCACUACUGUAUUAGUUUUAUUCGUCUCAUACGAAAUGUGUACUGGUUGUGUGCAGAAACAGUAUCCUGACAGGGGUCAUACCUGUCUGGAGAAUGGUUCAUAUCUUAUGAACUUUCUCGGCUGCGCUAACUGUCACCAGCGGGACUUUGUGCUGAUCAGCGACAGGACGAUGGUGAAUGAAGAUGAGGAGGAGAUUGUCACUUACCUGCAUAUGUGCAAGAACUGUGAUCACGUCAUAGCCAGACACGAGUACACCUUCACUGUGGUGGACGACUAUCAGGAAUACACAAUGUUGUGCAUGUUGUGUGGAAAAGCAGAGGAUUCCAUCAGUGUGCUGCCAGACGAUCCCAGACAAACAGCGCCUCUGUUCUAGAGUAUUUGCCCAGACACAGAGACAGGGAAUUGACUUCUUUGUGAAGAAGCAUGGUUAUGCAUGAUGGAGGGAGCCAUAAGACAUGCAACAUUUUAUAUACGCUUAGCACUGGAGAAGGACAUGCUGUCAGGUUUAAUCCAGAAGAAUAUACCGCAGAAUUCAUUGUGCUCUCUGUUUCUACUGCUUCAGGGAAGGCUCUAAGGUUCACAGCACAGCUCUUACUCAUAAAGAUACAAGAAUUUGAGUCAUUCACAAAUAUUAAACCUUAUUAGGAAUCGCUUGUGUUUUUCUGAUGAUCAUCCUAUGUUUGAUUCACUCAAAGUGUUUCGAACCCUGUUUCUGCCAAAUUGAAAAAUAAAAAAGAUGAUUACAAAUCUUUUUAUCACAAUUCAGACUUUUUUCUUGCAAUUUUGAGAAAAAAAGUCAGAAUUGUGAGAUGUUAACCCUAAUUUCAAGAACGUUUGUUUUCUGCUACAUUAUAAAAAAAUAAACAAGGUAAUUCUGAUGUUUUUUCCAAAUUGUAAGAUGAAAAGUUGCAGUUACCUUGUCUAUUUCAUUCCGUGGCAGAAACAAGCUUCCAUAAAAGUGUUAUUUUAUUUCCCAUGUUAAAAUGCUUUCUCUUAUCCUAUCUUAAUAUGCACAAUGUUGCUCUGUUGCCAAUUCUAUGAGUCUGCAGUAGGAAUAUCUGUUUGACUGACCAAGAUAGGUUAGGUUUGAGUGGAUAAUCAGUUUGUUAAUCACAGAUAGGAUUUUUGUUUCUAUGCAGCACUUAGAUAUACAUAAGUCAAGACUGGAUUAGACAGAUCAAAUAUUUUUAAAAUGGUACACACGAAAAUAGAUUCCUGCUUGUUAUUACUGAUAAUUUCAUUUAAAGUAAAUAUGUCUUACUGUAUUUCCAGUAUUUAUGCAACAGAAUAUUUUGUAUGCUUUGUUUAAAUAAACUAUGAAACAAUGCA